AUGGUUCUACCACUUCACGUGCAGCCAGGACCAUCCUGCCUCCUCUGUCUUAUGUUUUUUCUUAAAUGGCUGCUUCUGUUCUCACUGCAGAGCUCCUCUGACAAGGAAUCCAUCCUGACCAUCCUCAAAGUCCUCGGAGAUCUGCUUUCUGUGGGCACAGACCGGAGGAUGUACUACAUGAUCAGCAAGGGUGGCAGUGAGGCCCUUCUGCAGACCCUGGUGGACACAGCGAGGACAGCCCCUCCAGACUAUGACAUCCUCCUGCCUCUCUUCCGGCUGCUGGCCAAAGUUGGCCUAAGAGAUAAAAAGUUUGGCCAAAAGGCACUGGAACUGGAAGCACUUGAUGUGACCUUGAUUCUGGCCAGGAAAAACCUGUGUGACAGCCAGAACCUUCUCCACUGUCUCUGGGCCUUGCGUGUGUUUGCCUCCAGUGUCACCACGGGAGCCAUGCUGGGAAUCAAUGGAGCAAUGGAACUGAUUUUUGAGAUCCUUACCCCUUAUACCCGGAAGCGGACACGAACAAUCAGGGUAGCCACUGAAGUUUUGGCAGCAUUGCUGAAAUCCAAGUCUAACAGCCGCAGGGCGGUGAACAGAGGCUAUGUCGCCAGCUUGCUCAGGCUGCAUCAGGACUGGCACAGCCAUGACACAGCCAACACGUACAUGCUGAUCCGCCGGGGCUUCCUGCUCUGCCUCAAGCACAUCGUCACCCUUCGGUCUGGCAGGGAGGCCUUCCUGGCAGCCCACGGCAUGGAGGUCCUCUUCAGCACAGCACAGAGCUGCCUGGAGGACAAGAGCAUGGAGCCCAUCAUCUCCAAAGCGCUUCAGAUCCUGAGGCGAUGCUACCCUAAAAGUCCACUUCCUUUGGUCACGGGCAGCAGUGCUUAUGCCUUCCUGGUCCCUGGGAUCAUCACCUCUGAACCUCCAUGUGCUCUAACUGAAGGGGAUUUUGAAGAUGAAAGUGAUGAAGAGGUGGACAGAGGUUCAAAUUCUGAAGAUGUGAAAGAAGAAGAUGAUGACUUGGAAACAGAUGUGGACAAGCUGAUUUCCAAACCUGGUCUUGACCGACCUGAAGAGGAACUGAAGCAAUAUGAGAAAAUGUGUCAUGAGCUCUCCUGCAGCUUUGAGGAACCAGUGUCCAAAUUUGGAGAUAAUUGGAACUUUGGAGAGAUUCAGUGUGUCAAUCACCAACACAUUCCGAUGGCUGCUGCCUCAAGGCAGCGUUGCUUCAAUAAAGACCAAGAAAGAGAAGACACAGUCCAGGCUUCCCUUCUGCGUGUGGUGAAGAUGGGGAGGUCUUCCAUGCCCCUGGCCUCCAGAAAAGGACCCAUAACAAACCCGUACUCAAAUGUACAAUCCAAUAGUCUGGGGAGAGAUUCUUCUGGAAGUAAAAUCCCCAACAAUCAGGCUUCCCUGAAAGAGCAUGCCUGGGACAUAGAUGCCAUGUUCUGCUCAAGGAUAGGUGCCGCCUUCUCCAGUUCAGCUAGAUCCAGAGAAACAGUGGAAGUAAUGGAUAAGCUCCUGGAGACACAUCCCAAGCAUAUACCUUUCCAUGACCCUUAUCUUUAUAUGGACAAAGCCAAAGGAACCAGCUCUGUGGUGGACUUCAAGAUGAUGGCAUUUCCUGACCUCUGGGGACACUGUCCACCUCCCUCUGCCCAGUCCAUGUUGGAACGCAAAUGUGGAGUCCAAAGGAUUAAGAUAUUAGAGGAUGUCCGGAGGCUUAUCCAGCCAAGUGAUGUUAUAAAUAAAGUUGUCUUCAGUUUAGAUGAGCCUUGGCCUUUGCAAGAUACAGCUUCUAAUUGCUUGAGGUUCUUCUCCAAAUUUGAGUCAGGAAAUCUUCGCAAAGCCAUUCAAGUGCGAGAGUGUGAGUAUGACUUGUUGCUCAACGCUGAUGUGAACAGCACUCAGCACCAGCAGUGGUUCUACUUUGAGGUGAGCGGGAUGCGUGCAGCCGUCCCUUACCGCUUCAACAUCAUCAACUGUGAGAAGCCCAACAGCCAGUUUAAUUACGGGAUGCAGCCAACCCUGUAUUCCGUGAAGGAGGCUCUUCUUGGCAGACCCACCUGGAUACGGACAGGCCACGAAGUCUGUUACUAUAAAAAUCAUUACUACCAGAGUGCAGCUGCCACAGGAGGAACAUCUGGGAAGUGUUAUUAUAGCCUCACCUUUGCUGUCACCUUCCCGCAUAAUGAGGACGUCUGCUACCUGGCCUACCACUAUCCCUACACCUACACAGCCCUCAUGACUCACCUGAAUAUCCUGGAAAAAAGCAUUAACCCCAAGCAGGUCUACUUCCGGCAGGACGUUCUCUGCCAGACAUUGGGAGGGAAUCCGUGUCCACUGGUAACCAUCACAGCCAUGCCUGAGUCCAACAGCACUGACCAUUUGGAGCAGUUCCGUCAUCGCCCAUAUCAGGUGAUAACUGCCCGAGUUCAUCCAGGAGAGAGCAAUGCCAGCUGGGUGAUGAAGGGGGCCUUGGAGUUCCUGGUCAGUGGUGACCCUGUGGCUCAGCUCCUGAGGGAAAACUUCAUAUUCAAGAUCAUCCCUAUGCUCAACCCAGAUGGUGUCAUCAAUGGCAAUCACAGAUGCUCACUGAGAGGGGAAGAUCUGAACCGACAGUGGCUGUGUCCCCGUGCCUAUCUCCAGCCAACCGUCUACCACGCCAAAGGGCUCCUUCACUACCUCAGCAGCCUUGGCCUGAGUCCCGUGGUCUUCUGUGAUUUCCAUGGCCACUCCCAAAAGAAAAACGUGUUCCUUUAUGGCUGUAGCAUCAAGGAGACCUUGUGGCAAGCAGAGUGCACCGUGGGCACAUCUACUCUUUUGGAGGAUGUCAGCUACCGGACUCUUCCCAAAAUCCUUGACAAGCUAGCGCCGGCAUUCACGAUGAGCAGCUGCAGUUUCCUCGUGGAGAGAUCCCGAGCCUCCACGGCCCGGGUGGUGGUGUGGAGAGAGAUAGGGGUGUCCAGAAGCUACACCAUGGAAAGCAGCUACUGUGGCUGCAACCGGGGCCCCUACAAGGGUCUGCAGUUUGGUACCCGGGAACUGGAGGAGAUGGGAGCCAUGUUCUGCUUGGGCCUCCUCAUUUUGGAACUCAAAUCUGCAAGCUGCAGCCAUCAGCUCCUGGCCCGCGCUGCGGCUCUGCUGAAUGAUGAGGAAGAGGCUCUGGAUCACCACCUGCAGCGAUGCAGCAGCAGCAGCAGCAGCAGCAGCUCCUCAGAAGCUGAUGAUGAGCCCCCCUGCAUGGAGGAGAUUGAUUACAGUGCAGACAGCAGCUCAGACCAGGAGGGGGGCUUCUCUGAGCUGGACCGGCGGAUCCAUGAGAGUGCCAUCUAUAAGGACGAGGGAGACGAAGAAGAAGAGGGACCCAGGCAGGGAAGAGAAGCCAUCCCGUAG